GCUGCCGGGGCCCGUGACGUCAGGGUGCGGCGUUGGGUCCGCUUCUGCUCCCGCGAUGAUGCCGGGGAGGGCGGGUUGCUUCGGCGGGUGCAGCUGGCCCUGAGCGCCGGGCGUGGAGGAGGAGGAGGAGGAGGAAGAGGAGAGCCCAAAGGGCGCCGGCAGCAGCGGCAGCAGCAGCAGCAACAAAGAAGAGGCGGCUUCUGCAAAGGAGCGGCUCUCGGCCGGCUUGGAGGAGGAAGAGGAGGAGGAGGAGGAUGGCUGUCGGGGAGGGAGUCGGCGGAGGGGCUUCCCCGGGCCCGGCGGCGGUGUCCCUGGGCCUGAGCGUGGCCGUGGUCUCCAGCCUGGUCAACGGCUCCACCUUCGUGCUCCAGAAGAAGGGCAUCGUCCGCGCCAGGGGAAGAGGAACUUCAUACUUAACUGACAUAGUCUGGUGGUCAGGCACUAUUGCAAUGGCACUUGGUCAGAUUGGAAAUUUCUUAGCCUAUACUGCAGUCCCGACUGUCCUGGUGACGCCUCUUGGAGCUCUUGGAGUUCCUUUUGGGUCUAUUUUAGCUUCCUACUUACUGAAAGAAAAACUCAACAUUCUUGGCAAAUUGGGCUGUUUGCUGAGCUGCGCAGGUUCUGUGGUCCUCAUCAUCCAUUCUCCGAAGUCUGAAAGUGUCACCACUCAGGCUGAACUGGAAGAGAAACUCACAAACCCAGUGUUUGUGGGUUACCUCUGCAUUGUUCUCCUCAUGCUUCUGCUUCUUAUCUUCUGGAUUGCACCAGCUCACGGACCAACUAACAUUAUGGUUUACAUCAGCAUUUGCUCGUUGCUGGGAAGUUUCACAGUACCUAGCACAAAAGGCAUUGGCUUGGCUGCUCAAGAUAUAUUUCACAACAAUCCAUCGAGUCAAAGAGCACUGUACCUUUGCUUGGUUCUGCUAGCCGUGUUAGGAUGUAGCAUAAUAAUUCAGUUCAGAUACAUCAACAAAGCCCUGGAGUGUUUCGACUCCUCUGUGUUUGGUGCCAUCUACUACGUCGUCUUCACCACUCUGGUCUUGCUGGCCUCCGCCAUUCUCUUCAGAGAGUGGAGUAAUGUUGGAAUGGUUGAUUUCUUAGGGAUGGCAUGUGGAUUCAUCACUGUAUCUAUUGGAAUUGUUCUUAUACAAGUCUUCAAGGAGUUCAGUUUCAGUAUUGGGGAUUUGAAUAAGCCUAAUAUGAAGACUGAUUAAGAUCAUGAUAUUUAUUUUAAGAGACUGGCUGAUCUGAAAGCCUUAAAUUUCUAGCUCACAGGAAUGGUAGGCCCUUUAUUUUUUAAGCUCAGAGAACAACAAAGUCUUACAUUCCUCACUGGAAUCUGUGAAAUGAAUUAUGUGUUCUCUAUUCACUUUUUCUAGGACUACUAUUGUCAUGCUUAACUAUCUAAUGAUAUGAAAUGAAUAAUCUUAUAAUCCUCACAGCAGAUGGGUAAGAAUAGCAUUAGCACAGAAGACUAAUGUGCUUCUUUCCCUAGAAAGUGGUUUAUAUGGUGAAAGGUUGACGCAGUCAGGCAUUUAAACAUGCAGGAACUACCUGAAACUUUCUAGUGAUAUGAACAAACUAAACUGUUAUGUACCAGAAAUAAUAGUUUUUACAAGUUUAUUUGGGGAUUCUAAUAUCAUUGUCUCAGAAACUGUACAGAGAUAUAUUUUCUUCCUCUGUGCCUCCCCCUGCAAUUUGGACUGCUGAUGAGGAAUUCAUAAUUGAAGUCAAAUCACAGAGUUAAUUGAUCUGUCAAUUGUAUAUUUUCUUUUAUCAGCGCAAACUUGCUCACAGUCCUUAGUAAAUACAGCUUUCAAUCUACAGAUAUGCCUUUUUUUUCUCACAAUCAGCAUUUGAAGUGCAUUAACACACUACAUUCAUCCAGGAGCUUGAAAGUAUCAACAGAAAUGGAUGUGAGGCUUGUUGGAUUGUAACCACUUUUCUACCCUUUUUUUGGUAGACCAUUUGUAAACACUUGGAAACUACUUCAGUGCCUUUUGUAUUCUAAAAAGAUAACUUCCAAAGGGCAGUUCACACUUUCUUUAACAUUGUACUGUCCUUCUGCUCAUAACCAUAUAGAAUAGCCAGACGGUCUAGAGAUUUUAGAAACUGAAUAUUUGAGGUGACUCUAUGAUAACAUCUAUGCAUGUUCCAAUGUGUAUUUAUUCUGAAAGGUGUUCUAUUACUGUCAAUUUUUAGUGUUCCCAGUUCUCUUAACACAAUUCAGUAAAUUAUUUGUAGCACUUUUUAAAAGCAGUAGGAGAUUUGUGAUAAAGUGAAUGCUUAAGUGCGGAGAAAAUUUCAAGGGAAGCUAAACCAAGCAGUUUCGGUGGCUCUUUGGCUACUGCUAAAGCAGCAAAAACUGAAAGCUAUUGUCACUCUUUUCAGAGAACAGGUAAAAGACAUUUGACUCUGUUCUCUAUAUACUGAGGUAGACAAUUCCGUCACUGUAAAAAAUAGGCAAACUAAGAUUAAUUUGAUAUACCUGAAUCAGAAAUUUGGGAUUUGUAUUCCUGUAUGAAAUGUCAGAUUUGAUUUAAAUUUACAGGCAUAUUGUAUUAAAUAUUACUGGUGCAUUUGAAAUAAUUUUACAGAAAAAUAUUUGCAUAUCAGUUCCAAAGAAAUAUAAACAAUACGCACAGGAGCAGGUUUACCAAGUAAUCUCUGCUGAUCUAAAUGUUUAUGUCUGUGCCUAAGUCUCCCACCAGUCUUCAAAAUCAUAACUUGAUUUCGCUAUAGUAUUACUACUUGUAGUAAGUAAGUAGUAAUUAAGUAAAUACUACUACUGAUAGUAGUAAUAGUAUUCUGCUUUUAUCACUAGAUUGAGACUCACAACAUUAAAAAACAUUGCCAUUUAAAAUCCACAACCAAGCAGUUAAGGUAUUAAUCCAAUCAGAUUUCCUUUCAAGCCAUUCCUAACAAAAAACAUUACACUAAGUAACAAAAUAUGAAGAAUUUUCUGUUCCUGGUUUGAAAGUGUUAUUUCCUGUCUAAUUGUGCAGUUGUUACUUUGAAAGUAAUUGUUAUACUCCAGAAACUUUGUUUUUGUGAAUGCCACCAACUAUGUUGAAGUGGUUGAGACUCUAUGAGAUGUUCAUUGAAGAACUAUAGCAAAAUGUGCUGCAGGGUUCUCCACAAAAACAAAGUUUUUGCAGUUUAAUAAACUUUUUCCACAUUUUAAAUGAUAGAACCAAUUAAGAAAUGACAUUCAUUUCUCAGGAACAAAAAUUGUGUUACAUAGUGUUAUUUGUAUUUUGAGUGAAUGGUAACUGUAUGUAAAUUACCAGUGUUCUAAAUAUAUGCAAAUAGGCACAUAGAUUCUGUAAUUCCUCCUUAAAUCUUCUGAAAAUUCUAAGUAGGAAUUCAGUUUCUAAUCUGGAUUUACAUAGAAUAAGGAAGGCUUCACAUUAUGGAUUAAAAUUAAGAAGCAUGAGCAGGUAGACUUCAAAUUUGCUUUUUCUAGGAUCUUUAUACCCAGCAGCUGGACUCAAGGGCAAAGCAUACAUGCAGAAUAAAAGUAUACUCUGAGCCAAAUAAUGUCUCUGAACUGACAAGUUAUCAGAAUGGAAGAGAACUGAAAAAUCCUCACUGCCCCCAUUUUUCUCCAUUAUAGCAAUAUAAUUGCAAAUUGGAGAUGGGGAAAUUAGAGUAAUUCCUUUUUGGUAUUGUGAAAUAACUUUAAAUCAUAAAUCUAUGCUGCAAAUUAAUCAGAGAUCUAGUUGUAGAUUCCAAUCUGCCCAUCCUCCUUUAAGAACAUAUAGCUGAGAUAUAUGUUGUCUAGUUUAUCUUGGGCAUGUGGUAGAGUAAAUUAAUGCAGUUGGCUCUCCAUAUCCACACAUCCAUCUAUCCACAUUAAAUAGACAAGUUUAGAAAAAGGUAGAAUCUUUUUCAAACUAUAGGAAAUGAGAUUCCACCUGAACAUGAGGAAGAACUUCUUAAUUGUGAGAGCUGUUCAGCAGUGGAACUCUCUGCCCCGGAGUGUGGUGGAGGCUCCUUCUUGGGAGGCUUUUAAGCAGAGACUGGACGGCCAUGUCAGGGGUGCUUUGAAUGUGAUUUUCCUGCGUUUUGGCAGGAAGUUGGACUGGAUGGCCCAUGAGGUCUCUUCCAACUCUAGGAGUCUAUCUCUUUCACCGUUUAGAAACUGUUUUGUCUGCUUUAAAAUGCAGCAGAAGUUAGGCCAGGCGCUCUAAAUGCUAUCUGCAUAUCCUGGACUUCCUAAAACAAGUGGCACUUGUCUUGGCACCCAAGUUUGUGUGUAGCUGCCUUUGAUCAUUAUAGAUAAGGUUUCAUUAUUAGUUUCAUAGGAAAUUUUAUUUAUUUUCCCUAUUUAUACCCCACCUUUCUCUACUCCAAAGGGGACUCAAGGAGGCUUACAUACAAGUGUGGAAAAAUUUGGUAAAUUUCUGAAGGAACUAUUCUGAGGCUUACCUUGCUAAAAUAACAAACGAACAGGAGAAAACUGAUUAAAUAACCAUUGGUCAAGCUUCAAGUUGUUCUGGUCCUGUUUUCAGAGAAAGAAUCCUUUGAAUUUUUUUAAUCUUUGACUUUAGUCUUUGCCUUGAUGUCAUUAGGCACAAUUUGGCUAUGAGAGUUCUCUCACUCUGCCAGUUUCAGAAGACUAUAGCUUGUUAUGUGCGUUAUCGUUCUCUACCAAAAGAAGUGCCUAACUAAGCAUAUUGGUACUUAUGCACAUUCAGUCCUAUACACAGCUAUACUUUAUUGAAUUAGGAAUUUGCUGUCUAUGUUGGGGAUGGGUAAUUGAGGGAGGGGGGAGGAAGUUACUCAAUUUUCCAAAUAACACUGAGCAUUCGAAGUCUAUUUUGCCUGUCCAAUUGACCUUAUUAAUGAUCAACUCCAUAGGGAAAAUAGAACACACUUAUGCUCUGGUAUAAUGACAUACAUGUAGAUUUGCUUAUAUAUUCCAUAGAUGGUACAUAAAAAUUAAAACAUAGACUAUAAUCAGAAAAGGAAGAAUCUCAAUAGCACUUCUAAUUUGAAAAAAGAAAUCAUAGGCAAAAUCCUUGAUCAUACUGUAGGGCUGUCAGAUAAAAUGACCAUUGGUGCUACCAGCUGGCCAUAUUCAUUUGACAUAUUUGUGUGUAUUGAGUCAUGUGGUGCUGUUACUUUCCUCCAGGACACCAGCGCUCUGCUCAUGGCACUUUUUGAAACGGAUUAUAUUUCCUGAUUUGUGGUUUAAGGUCCCCUGGUUUUGAAAUAUACUUACUAGAAGGAUUAAACGACUUCAUGCCCAGAUUUCAGAAUGUUAUAACAUAAUUUUGUGGCCUUUCACAUUAUUUAUAUUUGCAGCAUUUAGCCUUUUAGGUGGUAGAUAGAUAGAUACAUAUAUUUAUUUUUGCUACUUCGUUGAACAAAUAAUAUUCCUUCUGUUUUUUAGCUCAAGAGCUUGCAGGAGUUAUACUAAUUCUAGCACAAGUGUCUUUUUCUGUUAUCAGAUAUUUUAUAAUUUCACUAUUUCUGUUUUGAGUCUUAAAUUUGCAGUGUUUAAACUGCAGUUCCUCUUUUCAUCUAAGGUGUGCCAUGCCUGGAGAAUAAAUGUGCAGUUAUCUCUUGGACUUUGGUCUUCCUCAAACCUUAACAUAUCUGUAUUAGGUUGUUACAUGGUUCAUGCACACUGACCAUCAGGAACCUAGCCACGUACCACAGUUCGAGCCUAUGCUUAUUGAAAUGUUUUAAGUUGACAGCAUGUAUUCAUGAAGCGUACCGUAAAGUAUUUCAUAGUAUACUUAUGCUGUAUAAUGGUAUACAAAUGACAUUUAGUUCUGUCAAAUUGUAGGAUUUUCCUUACUGAACAAGAAGGAAUUAGGAAACGGGAAUUAUAUAUGCAGGAUUGCAUCCCUAAUUCCUGCUUACUGAGACCUUUUUGCAUUUGAUAAAGUAAUAAUUUUCAAGUCCAAAAAUCAUUUUGUUAUAUCCUAAAUAUAACAGAAUAUUUUGUGUAAUGUUUAAGCUGCAUCUCCUAAACUGUGUACACUGAAAUAAUUUUGUGGAUUGUAUGCACAAUCAACUGAGAAAUACUUUGGGGGAAGAAAUACUCUUAGUCGGACUAAGAAAUAUUUCUUGUAUAACUUCCUCCAUUUCAGUGGAUUGUGUGCUGUCCUAUAAAGCUGCUUCUGAUACACUGAAGGCACAGGCUGCAUACACUUACAAGGGAUUACGCCUCACUGAAUAUAACUAAGUCUUACUUCAUAAUAACUAUAUAGAAAAUUACGCUGAAAAUGGCUUUUUGGUUGCUGCCUAUACAAAAUCUUCCAGCAUUUGUGGUGUGUGUGUGUGAGAGAGAGAGUAUGUGGGAGCCAUUCAUAGUUAUUAACAUGAUUGUAGUUUAGUACAUUUUUCACCAUUUCAGAAGUGAAUUGAGAAGAUACUGCAAGUCGCUUCUGGUGUGAGAUAAUUGGCCGUCUACAAAAACGUUGUCCAGGGGGCACCCGGAUGUUUUAUCAUCCUGUGGGAGGCUUUUCUAAUGUCCCCACAUGGGAAGCUGGGGCUGACAGAUAGAGCUUACCUCGUCUCGCAGAUUUGAACCACUGACUUUCAGGUCUUUAGGUCAGCAAUUCAGCCGGCAGAAGGGUUUAACCUAUUACGCCACCGCAGCUCCCUUAUUUAGUAAUUAUUUAUUAUUAUUUAGUAAUAAUAUUUAUUUAUUCUGAAUGUAAA